AUGUGGAGCACGCUGUUGAUCCCCAUCACGGCCACGCUCGCAGCGACCGCCGUACAUGCCGCAACCAGUCCCGCAGCCGUGGGUGCAAAUUCCUCUUGGGGCCGCAGCAAGGGCUCAGAGACGGUCGCAAAGGGCGACAUCAGCAACGGGACGACGUGUACGUAGCGUCGACCCGUUUUCACCCGGGCAGUGGGCGGGAGGGGAAGGGGAGCGUGCGCCUAGCGAGAUGUGUCUCAGGCAUCCUCAACAUCCCCGACUCAGCGUUCAUGACACCCCGAGCUGACGCCCCAAAGUUUCACUUCGUUCUUCGACAGCUCAAAUUAUUUUCCAUCCCGACUUUCCCAAUCACAAGCUCCGCAUUCAGAAGUCCAUAGUCAGUUAUGCAGUGAAUAGGUCCGAGCAGCGCAGGCUCUUCGACGUGGGGCACUGAUGCCAAAUGCACUCUUAUGGGGGACCCAUAGCUGUGUGACGACGGAGACACGAUCUACUCGGGCUAUCUCGACAUCGCAGAACACUCGCACAUGUUUUUCUCCCUCGCCGAAUCCCGCGACAAGCCUGACGAAGAUGCGCUCCUGCUCUGGCUCAAUGGCGGUCCUGGAUGUUCGAGCAUGACAGGCUUCUUGCUCGAGAAUGGCCCAUGCUUGGUCACCAACGAAGGCAAGAGUUCGACUUUCAAUCCUUACUCGUGGAACUCGAACGCCAAUAUGAUCUUCUUGGACUCUCCCGUCAAUGUCAGUUGUCCAAGCUGCACUUUGGGGUCCUGAUCUGCUCCUGAUCCGCUCGCCACAUCUAUAAUCUGACUCGCGCACGUUACAGGUCGGUUUCUCGAAAGCCCGUAAGCACGUCAACACCUCGCACGAGGCCGCAGAGGACAUAUAUAUUUUCAUGCAACUCUUCUAUCGAGCAUUCCCCGAGCUCGCCAAGAAUCAUUUUGUCGGUCACCUCGUUCUUCGUCUGACCCUUUUCGAAGUGGAGAUAUUGACUACCCCUGACUCGGGUCUAUUUAUUCAAACCAAUAAAGCACGUCAUGGGAGAGUCGUACGCGGGGAUGUACAUUCCCAACGUCGCGUCGGUCAUCUUGGACAAAAACAAGCAUCUUGAUGGGGCCACUCCCGACACGAUACAUGUGCCCCUCGUCUCGAUGGCGAUCGGCAACGGCUUCGUCGAGAUCGUCGCCGCACUCCGUGGGCAGGUCGAUUUCGCAUGCGGGAAGGGUAUAUACAACACUUCGACUUGCCAUAAGCUCAACUCGCAAAUCAAUACCUGCCGUAGUUCGACGGCGACGUGUCGGCAGAACUCGACGCAACUGAAUUGUCUUCAAGCGGAGGUGGAUUGUAUCAGUCUUGACGGUCAGUGAUAAAAAUUAUACUCUUCGUUUCGCGAGCCCGCCUUCGAUGAAAGCCCGAGCUGACUCUAGUUACCCCACCUAUUGCUUCGGCUUUGGCAACGCGUUGGACAAUUUUACCACAAUAGAGCCGUACGACAGUACUGGGCUGAAUCCCUACGACUACACCAAGAAGUGCGAUCGCUCACCGUCCAAGGAUGGACCGUUGUGUUACAAACAGGCGUCCUGGAUCCCGACCUACCUCAAUCUGCCGAAAAUUCGAGCGGAACUCGGUGUCGAUUUCAAAGCCAAGCCGUUCGAGGAAUGCAGUGUCUCGGUCUACGAUGCUUUCAUACUGAGUGGAGACUGUAAGUUUUCCUCUCCGCGCCACUGAGCACUACCUCGACUGUGUGGUCGCGCGGAUGCCUUUCGAUCCCGAGGUGGAUCUGAACUCGUUGGUGCCCCCUUGUUACAGGGGUGAGCAAUACCCCUGCUCUGAUUUCGGAAUUGCUCGAGUCCGGCAUCAAAUUGCUUGCUUACGUCGGUGUCAAGUAAGUCCUGGACGAAGAAGGUCGUCGCUCCCACAGGGUAUCAUGUUGCUGACACCCCUGCUCCGACUGCUUUCCUCCGCAGCGACGUCGUCGUGAGUAGCGGGGGUUGGUCCCUUAUUGUCUCGAAUCGGAUGGACACUAAUGUGACGCGCACUCGCCCCCCUGUCCUACUCGCUUCAUCCCUAGUGCAACUACGUCGGAGUCCGGCGCUGGACCAACGCCAUGCAAUGGCAAGGCCAGCUGAAGUACGUGAAUGCCCCGUUCACUGAGUUCAAAAUGCCGAAUGGGAAAGAUGUGGGAAAGACCAAGAGCUCCGGUCCGCUCACGUACCUGGAGGUGGACGGCGCCGGACAGUGAGUAGAACCGAAUUUCUCGUCAUGGUCCGUGUCCGCACCGUGCUCAAGUGUUGUGUGGUGUCUGUGCAGCAUGGUCCCUCACGACAAGCCUGUCGAGGCGCUCGAGAUGAUCAACAGAUGGAUUAGAGGGGGCCAGUUCUAG